UCUCAGGUGUUAAAACUUUUCUCGAGUGUGACCAAAAGUGAAGACGAUUGACUCAGUGAACGGUGUUUAUGUGACUAAAAACAUGGCGAAUAAAUUUGAAAAAAUACGCGUAAUUGGGAGCGGGAGUUUUGGACAAGCAUGGCUUGUCUGUUCAAAGCAAAGUAGAAGGAAAUAUGUUGUGAAGGAAAUGCAGGUUGGUAACAUGACGGAGAAAGAGAGAAACCAAGCCCUGAAUGAAGUAUCAAUCCUUGCCAGACUAAAACAUCAUCACGUUAUUCGAUAUCGUCAUGCAUAUGUCCUCAAUAAUAUGUUGUGCAUUGCAAUGGAAUAUGCUGACGGAGGUGAUAUGGGGGCAAUUAUUUACGAGGCGGCCUCAGUGAGGUCGCUGCUAGCCGAACGUCGUAUCUUAAAAUGGUUUGUCCAGAUUUGCUUGGCUCUGCAAUACAUCCAUGGUCUCAAUAUUCUUCAUCGAGAUUUAAAACCGCAAAAUAUAUUUGUAAAAUCGGAUGACGUCGUGAAAGUUGGAGAUUUUGGUAUCGCUCGCAUUUUGAGCAGCUCUGACGAUCAUGCUAACACAGCUAUUGGCACACCAUAUUAUCUCUCACCGGAAAUCUGCUGUCGAAAAUCAUACAACCAAAAGAGUGACAUGUGGGCCGCUGGCUGCAUACUUUACGAGCUCGCAACGCUGGUACAUCCAUUCGACGCUGCAGACUUCUCAUUACUAGUUGUCAAGAUCUUAACAGCCAGAUACAAACCACUUAACCGAGUGUACGGACCGUUUUUACACGAUCUUGUGUCUGUUCUCUUGAGUGUCAACCCAAAGGGCAGACCGUCUGCAGAGGAAAUUCUUCAUCUUCCCGCCGUUAAGCCUUACUUGGAGAAGAAUCCGGGAUGCAAUAUGCCACCGAUACACAGUCUAAAUACCCAAUCCAGCGUUGCUAUGGACUCCAGAAGACGGCAAACUGUGUUUUUUGAUUCACGUAAGAGAUCCAGAUCGACCGUAAACAAUAAGUUGAAUUCGUUGUCGCUACGAGUUAACGAGGAACAAGAUGACGUGCAAUAUCCUACUACUACGAAGGAUAUCACCACUUACAGUAAUCACAACAGAAAAGAAGCUUUGGUCUUCAACUUCAGUGACAGUCACAUGACUUCUCCUGACGACAAGACAUCCGUUGACAGAGAAGCAUCUUCUGUAACCUCACCAGUUAAUGGUAAUGAGAGAUCAUCAGUAUCAUCUGUGCUCGAUGCUGCCGACGCCCAAACUAGCGCAUCGAGAAGCCGCAAGUACUCCGUAAAUCAAACAAUGGUUCAUUUAGGAGUGACAAGAGGUUCCCGAUCGGAUGGGAAGAAUGCUCUCACCCCUGCAAGAAGUGAAAGUGUAUCGUAUUUCAAUAAGGUACUCCACAGUGUAUUUAAAUUUUAA